CCCUCUCUCUUGCUCGGAUACUCUACAAACAGGAUGCUAUACAAAUAUGGGCAUCACAUUUCCUUGUACGGCGCGCGUGCAACACAGAGAGGGCCCCCCUGCGAAACCUGGUGUGCUGCCAGCGGCCAGGUGGCACGAAUGGCCCCACCCCCCGCUCCGCACCCGCGAGUGGUUCUGAGGGGUUCCCUGAGCUACGCCACGAGCAUCACUACAAAUGGAAUACGAGGGGGAGGAGGGGGGCCGCCCACUCCAGCGCGCCCAGCUCAGACGGCAGCCAGAACACCGCCUCCAGGCAACGGGGGGGCCAGCUCCGCGACGGCCGGAGUGCCCGUGGCCGCGGCGCCGGCACCAAGCCCCAUGACGAGCACCACGGCGCCCGCGGGCACCCCGGAGGCCGCGGCGAACGCGAGUAGUCUGGCCGCGGCGGCAUGCGGGGUGCCACCCGCCAUCCCUCUGCGGCAGGGGGGCGGCGGGCUCCAGCGCCGCCCGCGGUGCCCGCAUGGGGAGCUCCCCCGGCAGCGGCGGCCGCAGCUGAGGGCCCUGCGCUCAUGGGCAGCGUCCUGGCCGCAGAGGACCGCGGCUCAGUAGGCGGCUCAGCAGGCGCAGCGGCUUCGGCAAGGACGCCUCCUUCAGCGUCCGCCCAGCGGCCUUGCCAGGAGGCUCAGACUCAAGCUUGGCUUCCCCCUUCGCCUUGGCCUUGGUCCUCACGGCGGCGGGCAGGACCGCUCCAGCUCCAGGGAACAGGGCUGCGAAGCCGAACACGCCGCCGAAUCCAGCGCCUCCGGGCACCGCCAUCACGCCGGCAUGGCGGCCAGCGCCAGGCUACCGGUGGUGGCGGACAGCGGAACGGCGAACCGAGGCGCCUCUCUCUCUCAAGACCGGAGUCCAACACUAUGUCGAGACGGCAGGAGCUCCGACGCGAGACCUGUGUGAGAUGAGGC